CAGGAAAUAAAAUCAGCCCAGAGCUCCAUUAUAAAACAGUAGCACAUCAACAUAAUGUUGAAAUGAUAUCAUUCGUUUGAUUAUUAUCAUCCCAAAGAUCACGCAUCCUCCCACUGUUCUGGCUAGCUUUUUCUGUUCAUUCCGCCACACGAGAAGGAAGAAAAGAAAAUUAAAAAGAGAGAUAAUACUAUAGAGGAGAUCGCAAGAAAGUGGAUUUCAGAAUCCCAAUCGUAUAAUAGUGAGAGCUGGAAAAUGUAAAACAAAAACGAAAAGAAAAGUUCUAUAAACAAGAGAAAUAAAAACUAAAAACAAACAAUGGAGGGAGACAGAGACAGAGCGAGAGGGAAAGGUGGGAGAGAGAGAGAGAGCAGAUUUCAAAGAUUUGCUAGAGAGAGAAAGAUUUGAUUUGGAGAGAGUGGACAGAGACAGCUUCACCAUUUCCCCCCCUUCCCUCUCUGUUUAUCCUUUAUAUUCUUUCCUCCAUUCUUCCUUUAAUCCAAAAAUCUCUCAACCGCUGCACAGUUCUCCGACGGGAAGCAGUACUCGUGUUGUGAAAAAAGCGUAUUAAUAGUUGCUAUGGCUAGAAACGGCGUCGUCGCUUCUCAACGGUGGAGGUCGGACGGAGAUGUCUCCUCCCAGCAGCAGCCGCCUGCGGACUCGGUUGUUGCCGACGAAGUUCAUGUUCUAGCCGUGGAUGACAGCCUUAUUGAUCGGAAAGUCAUUGAGCGGCUGCUCCGCAAUUCUUCCUACAAAGUUACGGUGGUUGAUAGUGGCGUAAGAGCUCUUCAGUUCCUUGGAUUAGAUGGAGAAGAGAAGAAGGCCUCUUCCAUUGGUGCUUUUGAUAGCUUGAAAAUCAAAGUGGAUCUGAUCAUCACCGAUUACUGUAUGCCGGAGGUGACCGGCUACGAUUUGCUCAAGAAAAUCAAGGGAUCCUCUACGCUGAGAGAGAUCCCGGUGGUGAUAAUGUCGUCGGAAAAUGUCGUGACUCGAAUCGACCGUUGUUUGGAGGAAGGUGCGGAGGAUUUCAUUGUAAAGCCGGUGAAACCGUCGGACGUCGCACGGCUUCGAGGCUACAUGGCGACGAGCGAGCCGAGCGUGCGGGUCAACAAGAGGAAGCAACGAGAAAGCUGUGAGAGCUGCAGCAGUCUCUCCACCGCUUCGUCCACAUCAUCAUCCAUCUCUUCCUCGCCAUCUCUGUCACCGUCUCCGCCGUCAUCGGCAUCUCCGACGCCAAUGUCGAUCUCAGAGCCGUCCUCGCCGUCUCCGUCGCCCUCCCCGCCGAUGUCUCAAUCCGUCUCCGCGCCGUGUUCACCGUCGUUGUCGGAGGAGUAGCAGAGAAGGGAAAAACUCAAAAAAGUAAAGCAAAAAAAAGAAAAGGGAGAAAAAAGUUGAGAGGACUCUAGACUGGUAAAGAGUAAAAGGACCACAGCCCCACGAAAAAUUUGCUUUUCAGUACAAAUUUGCCACAGUCGGAAUGAAUCCAAUGAAUGAUGGAAGAAGAAGCAGUAGAGAAGAAAGAAUGGAAAGGCAAUUUUGGGCCAGGCCUAGAGUCGGCAAUUUUUCCGUUACUUUUGCUUAACGGUUUUUUUAUUUUUUGUGCUGGGAUUUGUACAUUAUUACUACUUACUACUUUCCACUGUUCUUUUUACCGCCCCGUCCCCUCUCUUGUCGCUCCACUAGCAGAGGAAGGAAAAUCAAAAUCUAGUCUAAUCUUGAAAUCAAAUUGCACGAAUGGUCCCUAAUAUUCUUAACCUAAUCAAUUUACUC